AGUACAGUUUAAGCUCCCGUUGUGAUCGGUACAAUAAUAUUCGCGCUCCAUUGUUACUGUACAGUAUAUCUAUUUAUUUUAGAUAAAGCAACGAUAUCUGAGUGAUCUGCUAUGAUAUUGCUGAACAUUUUGGCAUUUAUAUGCCUGCUAUGUAGGGUGGAAUAUGGAUUGACCCUUGCGUUUGAAUGCCCCAGCAAAACAAAUAAACCCGUUCAGGACACUCAGAUAUGCAAUGGAAUUAUAGACUGCCUGGAUAAAAGAGACGAAAGUUUCGAGUUGUGUUAUAAUAGAACAUGCAAUGAUGAGAAAUUAUUUCGUUGUACCUACGGCGGCUGUUUGGAUAUAACGAGAAAAUGUGACAAAAACAUUGAUUGCUGGGAUUCCAGUGAUGAAAAUCUAUUUGAGUGCGUGGAGAACGAAGACGUGUUCGAAGACCUAUACAACGAUUUAGAGGGAGAAUGCGAAGACAAAUUCAAUUGCAAGGAGAAGUGCUUGGACUGGAGUCAGGUGUGUGAUGGCCAGGUCGAUUGCAGGGAUGGCAAUGAUGAGAAUAGCACUCUGUGUUCCACCAUCGACUGUCCGUAUCCAGCAUUCAGAUGCCUCUAUGGCGGCUGCAUCACUGAUGCUGCCUUGUGCAAUCACAUACCAGAUUGCUAUGAUGCCUCUGAUGAGCUGCCUGCCAUAUGCCUCCAUAAGAUGGAUCAAGAUCCAACCACAAGAGAUGACGAUGAGCAGAGUGCUUCACCACAGAUCUGGGAGGUGAAGCACUGCAAGCUAGAGGAUCUAUCGGGAGCCCUGAUUGCGGAGAACUAUGUGGGCAGCACCACCUACUGCAGCAAUGCGACGGUGCGCGACCAGUCCGUUGUGACGCUCAGGUGUUCCCACGGCCAUGUCCUAAUUGGGGAGCCGAAGAAUAUUUGCGAUGGCGAGACUUGGCGAUACGAGCUGGCCAAAUGCGUUCCGCAGUGCCAAAACAUCGGCAAUAUCCUGCACGAGAGGCAGUGCACCCACCAAGGACGCCUGAUUGACUGUGAUCAGUCCGUGCUGCCGAUGGACACCCGAAUGGUGGUUGGCUGCGCCUCUGGCCAUGAGGCGAAUGAAAAGUCCGGUGUUCAAGUGUGUCUGGGCAAUGGUCGUUGGCUUGUGGAGCAGGAGCUGCCCAAAUGCGAACCCAUCUGUGGUGAGUGGAAACUGAAGGACCAGGGACAGGAGCACACAACCUCCCCAUGGAUGGUUAGCAUUUUUCAGUGCGGCAAUGAGCCUAUGUUUGAGUACCGAUGCGUGGCGACCAUUUUGUCACACUACGUAGUGAUUACAUCGGUGGACUGCUUUACAAAUAAACCGAUAAAGGGUGCUCCAGCCACAGAGCCAGUGCUCUAUACGGUGGCCGAGGGCGAGGUCUAUGGGAAUACUGCUUUCAGGUCCGGCGAGGAUAUUGGCUACAAACUGCACAACGUCUCCUAUAUACACAACAUCGAGCGCAGAGAUGGGGACACGGUUUCUGCCCUGGCGUUAGUGCAGUUGAUCCAACCCCUGGAGUUUAGUGUACGAUUGCGCCCCAUUUGCCUGACCAGUGAUACGCCCGACAAAUGGCAGACAACUGAAGAUUUCAGUCAAUAUCCAAAGGGGGUGCCGAUCGUCAAUGAGAAAUCCAAUCGAUACGAACUUACAGAGAUUUUGGCCAGCGAUACGGCCAGGUAUCACAUCAGUGCGUUCAUGGAACCUAUACGAAAUUAUAUAGCCGAGUGCCAAGAGAGGGGAAACAUUUAAUUCACUUUAUUAUGGUUUGCGUUUUCGUGGUUAAUCAGAAAUCAAUGUACAUUCAACUGAAGGAAACACACACACACAUCUACUAUUGACAAUUAUACUCGUAUAUUGUAU